AUGUACAUGUAUACCAACUGUGCAUGCACACCCUAUUUGAACCCCAAGGUAGAAAAGCGGGAAGGUUGCUUUUAUCUUCAUCACGUGAUGAAUGUGUUUGAGUCCCUAUUUAAGGCCGGAAAUUCUACCUCAUGGUCAGUUCAGUACUUUAUUUCAAAGAUGGACACGUCGUCGCCAUAUCCUGGAAAUUUUAGAAAGAGAAUUUUGACGCCAAGUGAAAUUACUAUCAAAGAUUUGUACAACCCAUGGAAUUUUUUCACAUUAUUCAAUCAAGAUGAUCAAGAUUUGAAUGAAUGGCUAAUGGCAAACCAAUUCUUGGUGAGAACCAUGCCGUGUACAAAAACGUCAGAAGGGUGCACCGGAAUCAUGAAAGGGAGCCAGCGUAAGGGCAGAAUCUCCGGCCCCACGGUUCGCUGCAGCGUGAACCGGAACCAUGAGGUGGCUAUUAGAACCUUUUCAUUUUUCGAAGGGUCUAAACUCUGCGUCCAAGAUAUUUUCAUGUUUAUCCGAUGUUAUUUAAAUGGAAUGACGCUUUUACAAACGUCUAUAUUUGCCGGCGUAAACUAUAAAUCAACUGCAUUAGAUUGGGCAUCGUUUCUUCGUGAGCUGUUCAAAGAACAUUUCCACAGGAAUAUAUCACAUAGGAAGCUUCGUGGUGAAAUAGCGAUCGACGAAUCACUGUUUGGAAGAAGAGUAAAGUACCAUAGAGGCAACCCUCACAAGGGGUUAAAGGUAAUGUUUAUUUCAAUAAAAUGA